GAAUCUCGAUGCCUCGUACCCGACUCCCGGUGGAAGCCGCUCGGCAACUUUCUUCGCGCCGUCAGGCUGGCUGACAGUUUCACCCACCGCCGUUGGGCCCAGUUCGCCUCCAUCCAGCCUCAGCAAAAGUGUCCGCGCCUCUCCGUUUCAAAGUCUCGCGGAUCGAAUCUCCGGGAUCAGUGAAGCUUGGAUGCCAGUCGCCCGGUGCAUUCCCGCAGGACGAUCGUCCUGCUGGACGGCCCCCGAAGUCCUGCAGUCCGCGUCCUGCGCCUCGAACAGCGCCGAGGCCGAGCUGGCCGAUUACAUGGUACAGAAAUUCGGGGAGGAUAAACGGGACGCCAUGUCCGGCGAGGCCUGCACCUCCGAGGACGAAAGCUCCCAGGACGACCAAGUGCAGUACGACGUCGACGACCUGGAGAUGGUCAAGACGAUCGGCACCGGGACCUUCGGUCGAGUCGUGCUGUGCAGACAUCAGGGAAGACCGCUGGCCCUGAAGGUACUGGCAAUGGUGGACGUUAUCAGACUGAAGCAGGUCGAGCACGUCAGGAACGAAAUCUCGGUGUUAAAGGAGGUGAAACACCCGUUCGUGGUGAACAUGCUCUGGAGCGGAAGGGACGAGGCGAGGGUCUACAUGGUGCUGGAGUUCGUUGCCGGGGGUGAGCUUUUCUCGUACCUGAGAUCGGCGGGCCGGUUUCCAGGACCGACGAGUUGCUUCUACGCGGCGGAGAUAGUCUGCGCCCUCGAGUACCUCCACGCGAAGCACAUCGUCUACAGGGACCUGAAGCCGGAGAAUCUGCUGCUGGACGGGCAGGGUCAUCUCAAGAUCACGGACUUCGGGUUCUCGAAGAAGCUGACGGACAGGACGUGGACGCUCUGCGGAACCCCGGAGUACCUCGCCCCUGAGAUAAUCCAGAGCAAGGGACACAACAAGGCCGUUGACUGGUGGGCCCUCGGUGUUCUGAUAUACGAAAUGCUCGCCGGGUUCCCGCCCUUCUUCGACGACAACCCUUUCGGUAUUUACGAGAAGAUACUCGGCGGCCGCAUCGAGUGGCCCAAGCACAUGGACCCCAUAGCCAAGGACCUCGUCAAGAAGUUACUCGUAGCCGACAGGACCAAGAGGCUCGGUAACAUGCGACAGGGCGCCGAAGACGUCAAGCGACAUCGCUGGUUCAAGCUCGUCGAGUGGCCACUGGUGCCGAAGCGGGCCCUCCAGCCACCGAUAAGGCCCAGAAUCAAGACCCCCUGCGAUCCAAGCUGUUUCGACGACUAUCCGGAAACGGACUGGCGAUCACAGCCUCCCUUGCCCCCGGAUCAGCUGGCCUUGUUUCAAGAUUUUUGACCCUAGCUAAUUCGUUAUAAGGGAAAGCCAACGAGGCUGUACAUAUAACAAUAGCUUAGAUCAAAUGAUGCUACAAAGAAAUAAGGAAAAGAUUCUGCUCCUUCUAAGCAAUCGGCAAACUAUUAAUACGAUUGUCACUAUUACUUUUUAUACAAAUUUGCACAAAUAGCAACGAAUUUAAUGCUUAUUCAAUUAUUUUAUAUAGGCAUUAGUCAUAAAUUGCGCAAGAAUCAUUCAUAUCUGCGGCUUGAAUUAAUAAUUCGAUAUCGAUAUGUAUAUAUUAUAGUUUUGUAAAUAGAUUACUCGAUAGAUAGUGUCGUUACUGUUAUUUUUGAUAAUACAACAGUUUUUUUUUUUUUUUUUUUUCAAGGUAAAUACUGCACUACUUCAAUAAUUUCUUACAAUUUAUUUUAGAUUGUUGAAGCGCGUGCCUACGCCUGCGUAGUAUAAUAGUACAUAUAAUACUACUGCAUUUUUUUGUAAAUAAUUAGAAAAAACAUAUACAAUAUAUGUGAUUAUUUAAUAUUGUAUAAAGGUGAACUUAGCGAGAGCAGCAAAGAAAAGUGAGGAAAAAGAAAUGAGAGGAAUAAAAAGAAAAAAAUAUA